AGAAAACCAGCAAACAUCACAUUUAAGAGGCUGGAACCAAAGAAUUCCUAAUUAUUAUUAUUAUUACUACUACCUCUACUACUACUAUUAUUAUUAUUUGCUUUAAAACAAUUUUGGUAAUUAAUCAAUUAUGAAAACUGUUGCUGAUGCAACUCCAAUCUCUUAUUUUCCAGCUUUGCACACUGCAGACAUAAUAUUAUUCAAAAAAUCCUCACUCUCUCCCUCAACUUGAAAAUCUCACACUGCUUUGAGAAGUAAACUGUCCUCUGUUUCGCUCAUGUCCUGCGUAAAUCAUUGAGCACCGAACAAAUGCUCACAUCAGAGGAAGUCGAAAAUGAGAAGGCCACUGCUGGCAGAGAUGUUGGCAGCGGUUUGGCACAGGAACUCAGGAAGCGGUGCCUCCUAACUGUGCUGUGCUUCCUGUGUGAUAACUGACCCAAACAUGUUGUGCCUCUAUCACACACACACACACACACACACACAUAAAAACAAAGAAGCACACUCACAUUCUCCCUCUCCUUGGCAGCUGGGAACUGCGAGACUUAUCAAGACGGUCUCAACCAAAUUGAGGAUUAAUGGGAUUAAAAUGUAGGAGCUCAAUGAUUAUAUUUAAUUCCUUGGAAGCGAUUUGUUCGCAGCAGGAAAUCUAUUGUGAGCAAAACCUGAACGCUGGCGUGAUCUUCAACAGAAAGGAGCUGAAGGUUCAGUCAGACCACAGGACAGUUUAGCAGCCCCCACUUCCUCACUGAGAGUCGAAGCAGAGCGCGUGAACUUGAGUUUCCUGUGACGCCUCUGCCUCUCUGGUCAAUUAGUAUACUCACAUCACUCCGCCACUGUUGUGCUGCAUGGAACGAGACCGACCCUCAUCCUAUCCUCAGGGAAGAUCUCCGGCCGAUCUGUCGACAGUCAGUCGCUGUUCAUCUGAAGACCUGACCAGGAUCCGUCUGGACACAAAACCACAUCAGACCGGUGCAGUUCUUAACAGUCUUCAGAGGAAAGCUGUGAUGCUGUUUUCACACAGUUAAUAUCAUUUGGGAUAUUCAGCCAUGCUUCAGCAGUCAGAGCUCAUCUUUGACUUUGCCAGCGACCAUGUUAACAUGUCACAGCUGGGGGGUUACUCAGAUUACCCAGCCGUGAUUGUGGAGCAGGUACCCCAUCCACACCUGCUCUCAUAUGCAGGUCUAGCGUGUGAACAGUCACAUACACAGGAGGAUCACCAGCAGCUGCUCAAAGUGGAGCCAUGUGAAAGUGGAGAGGAAGAGACUAUGGAGACACUUGUUGCUGCUGACUCGCUUCUCAAUAUGGACUGUCCUGACACCCUUUCCCUGGAGCAGCACUACUCCCAGACCUUCUUGCCAUCAUUGGGUGAUGUCAUCACUACUCCUGUUACCCAGGUGACUGUGUCAGCAGAGGGGAUUGUGGGUGCUGUUGAUCAGCCACAAUGGCACUCUUUGCACACAAAGAAGCCUGCUGCACAGCUGCAGUCCAAAAAGAGAGGGAGAAAAUCUCAACAUAGAAGGGCAGAGUCUCCCACACCAGACAUUAUAGUGAAGAAGGACAAGUACAACAAAGGAGGAAACACACUGUACCUGUGGCAGUUCCUCAUGGAGUUGUUGCAGGACCGACAGGUCUGCCCACGUUAUAUUAAAUGGACUAAUCCCCAGGCAGGAAUCUUCAAGUUGGUCAACUCGAAAGCUGUGGCCAGACUCUGGGGCAAACACAAGAACAAGCCAGAUAUGAAUUAUGAGACUAUGGGCAGAGCACUCAGGUACUACUACCAGAGAGGCAUACUGAAUAAGGUUGAAGGCCAGCGUCUCGUCUAUCAGUUCACCUCUCUGCCCAAAGACAUGAUAUAUAUCACAGAUGGAGAUGGCACCAAAGAGGAAGAAGAUUACGACGACAAUAGUGGCAAUGAUGAGGGUGUAAGUGAUGACUCUGAUGACAGCACGAUACCUUCUAGUGACCAAUCGCUGGAGGAGGAAGAUUCACACCCACCACAGAAGAAAACGUCAUCCAGCUCCGUCCGAGCCUCAGCUACCCAGCGGAGCAAGUCCGCUCCCGGGCCCUCGGGCCAGCGCGACACCAUCCUGCGGCCUGCCAGCACCAGCUUGAUCCAGGAGCAGCAUUUGCCUAUUGUGUCUGCUGAGAUGCUGCGGACCCUCCAGAACCUGCCGAAGGUCCAGUCCCUGCAGCCCGCGGGUCACGCCUCAGUCUUCAGAACGGCUCAGCUGCUCGGGAGUCUGUGUGAGCGGCAGGCUGCUGCUGCUGAGGUAGCUGUGGAUAGUGGUGGUGCACAGGUGAUACCUGAUGAAAAGUCACACCCAGGACAGAAAAGGUCACAAGUGGAGACUCCACAGCUGGUGCCCCUGACUAGUGCUGACCAAUAGAACAGACCAAUGCCCAAUAACCCCCAAACACACACAUGCACACACACUCCACUGACUCAGGACCAGUUUCAGAGCUGCACUUUGCUGUGGCAAUGCCUACCAGGGCCUAUAUUACUCAAGUGUGUAAGCGUGGAAUUAUUUUUGUAUUUUUGAUUAUAUUAUCAAUUGGUAGCAAAAUAUAAUUCAAGGUCAGUGCUUCCUCCCUGAUGUCUGAGUUGACAGGAAAUUUGCAGGAACCAAAAUCUCACAGCACUCAGCAGGUUACUUUCUAAGAAGAGGCAGAAUUUAAAAGUCCUCUGUCUUAGCCUUCUGUCCUCCUUUUGUAGCCGUUAACUAUACAAGACACCAAAGACAGACAUGCACUGGAAUCUACUGCCUCUCUGCAUCUUCUGCAGACACGCCCUCUGCUUGCACUUCACCUCCAGCAUCAUGGAGCAAAUUAUGUGAUCAGCACACUGUGCCCUCCUUCUCUGCCUUUAUUCUUCCCACUUCUUGUUUUUGUUUUUUACUCUCACAUGCUGAAUCAUUCCUCUGCCUUGAAAAUGACUUUGCACUAAUGUUUACCUCUGCUGUAUGUUUCUUCUGUAAGUGCCUGAAGAUCUCAGUCCAUCCUGUCCCCGCUUCCUCUGUUCCUGGUAACCAUGAGGGAAAACAUUCCAUAUUAUUCUUUUUUAUUAUUAUUAUUAUUAUUAUUAUAUUUGUAUUGUGAAAUGUUGAAAACAAGGGAUCACUGUUUGUAGAAUAGUAAUUUAGCACUGCUGCUGUUUAGUUGAUGUUUCUACACAGUAGACAUUCUUUUUGUUGACAAUCGCCAGUGAAAUGGUCUUGUAGCCUUUUAUUUCGCUACACUGCCUCCUAUAGAGUCAUACUGCUACUAUUUAUCUUUUCUGCUAUGCACACUGUCUGUUUGGUUGUUACACAUAUAUAUAUGCAUACCGUAUAUGGACCUCUAGAGCCUUGAAAUCUUUAUGUGUUGUGUUUGUUAAUAUACUGUAAAUCCGUAUUGCUUCACUUUGUGCCUUGUUGCCAUUUUCUCCCUAAAGUUUGUGAAAAUUGCUAUUGCUGCAAAGACUUUAUACUCUGUGCAAGGAGUAAAACAGCUGGCUCUUUAUAAUGAAGUAAUGCUAUUUUCAUUGUUUUCUUUUCAGUUGAUGUUAGUUUCGCCUCACAAAGCCAGCCCACAAAGUUCCCCUCACUCCCAAUGAAAACUGAGCAUGUUCCAUUUAGGCUGGCUUAUGUGAGGAUGAACUUGGUUUAGGAGAUGCUUGUGACUGUGCCUUUGCCCCCAGGGAACCCUAUGCAAAACUGUUUUCACUUUAUUACUGAGUAAACCUUUUGUUUGGAAUCCCCUUUCUUUGCCUUAUCUGGAGGUCUCCUGAUACUGUACGUUUUGUAAGCUUGUAGCAGAGGGAGAGGUGGAGUUUCUGUUGCUUUAUUUUGAUGCAUUCGCUUUUGUGCAGUCCGGAGGUGUUGAAAAAAUAGUGGUCUAUUAUAUGAAAUAAAUGUACUUUUAUCAAUGUC